CCCCGGCGCCGGGCGGAUGGUUGCAGGCCAGGCUACGCCUCGAAUCAUGACGCUUGCGCCCACGCUCUUGCGCUCCAUCGCGCUACGUGGACACAGUCGAACUUCAAGACUGCGCAAGUGUGCAGGCCUGCGCAACCCCUACGACUAUUCUUCCUCUACCUACAUAUACCUAGCGACACUGAUCUACGUGCUUCGACACUCGGACUUCGGUGUUCCCCUGCAUACGUCACUCCACAAAUAAUAGCACAGCUCCGGACUAGUUGCGGCGCGUCACUCAGAGCCACAUCAUGUCGCGCCCUACCAUAUCCAAGGGGAAGACUUCGUAUCCCAUCUUCGCCGCAAGCUUCGCAACCAGCAGACCCGGAGUACUCGUAGUUGGUGGUGGAGGUGGCGGAGGACGACAUGGCGUUAAAAACAAGAUCACACUUUUCGACUUCGCAUCGCGAGCGCCGACCGUGGAGCCUAUUGCCGAAAUAGAGGCCUCCACAGACGACUCGGUAACAUGUCUUGCCAACCUUGCGACGAAAGACGGCCUCAUACUGUACGCUGGAGUCAACAGCAGCGAGGAGGAUCGUGCAAAAGACAACAACGAGCACUUCCGCGCGUUCGAGGCCAUAUUACCAAAGGGGAAGAUCGCGACAGAGGGCACGGACGUCAACAUAUCGUAUCUGAGCAAGACAAGGCUCUUCGCGCCUGUCAAGGAUGUCAAUGCAAAGAAGGAGGGAUAUCAGCGGUUGAUUCGCCUGUCACCGCCACAGAGGACCGCAGCAAGCCCGCCCGCACGACGCAUUGGUGCGAUCGCGUCCAGUCUCGCAGGUGACGAGAACGAGAUUGUGGUCUUCAGCGCAAUUUCCAAUAAGCCAAAGGAUCCGCAAGACAUCCUCCAGCGCAUCCGGCUAGGAAAGAAUGAAGAGGCUAAUGAUAUCGACAUCUUUGACAAGGGCAAUGGACAGUUCGAGCUUGCCUACGUACUUGAUUACGAUGUGAUUGUACACAACAUCAGCACAACACAGACCAAACCAAAGGACGCGCGCCGGAAGCUUUACUCUAUCCCUCUACCAGCACCUGGACAGAAGGGUGGACGCUCCAAGCUGCGGUGCAUACGAUGGCUGACUCCUGAGCAUCUUCUGUUGCUUGUGAACAAGCCUAAUAGGACUGGGGUUGAAGUACUGCUCGUGCACAUGUACGAGGAAGGGCCCGGCAGCGUCGUCGUGCGAAAAACGCUGCCAAAACGCGUCAAGGCCGCAACGGACAUGGAUGUUGCCCUUUUGGAUCCCGACUCCUCAGGAGCAUACCAGAUCGCUAUUGCCAUAGCGGCGAUCGACAUUUCGCUUCACGUGUACUCGAUCGACUACAAUGGUCGCUUGAGGAACUCGUUAAGCCCGUUCCAUCACUUUGCUACCUAUGAUGACGUACACGAGGUUCAGAUGACCAAGGCCGUCUUCUCACCAUUCCAUAAACCUGUGCCCAUCCCAGAUCAGCCGUCAGAUCGGAAAGCAGUACCACAGUAUCUCCGCCUGGCCUCGACAUCACUCGGCAAUACCGUGUCUGUGGAGACGUUCGAACUGCAGCCGUACAACGGACGUCAUGUCCUCCAGACAGCGCGAACACGGAACCUGUAUAGCGCUGCCACAUAUAUCGUCAUAGCCAUGGUCGUGGCCGCGAUAGCAUUGAUGAUCCAGUCCAUCCUCGAUCCCCAGGGCGAGUUGACAAAAAAUAUCAUCCCGAGCAGUCUCCAGAACAUAGGAUCACAGUACAAACCCAUGGGUGAGAUGACCCGGGACAAGCGCCACCAGGCCGCUCUCAACAACGCAGACACCCCGACGAUGAAGACCGUACACCGUAUCCAGGACCUUCUCCAUCUCCACAUGCCGCACCACGCCUCUCCCGAUCCGCCUGCUCAGCAAAAGGCGCUUGUCAUCCAUCACGACCCCGAAGGCGCAGAGCUUAGUACCGAAGUGCACGAGAGUACAGAUGACGUGGUUAAGAAGCAUGCCGAGGCGAGGCAGUGGGCCGAACUUAGCGAGGAGGAGAGGCAUUACUGGAGGAAGAAGCUCAGCGAUGCAGGGAUGUGGGCAGUGGGCGAGGGGGAGACGAUUCUGAAGAGCAUCUUCUUUGGAAAUAUUGCGGGCGCCAUUGGUGCUGCUGCGCAGGGUGUGAUUGGGUGAGCGGAGGGAGAUCGAUGGUCGCGUGGUUUUUGCGCGGUCAGCACGAUGAGACGCGGUCAUGACGCGGUAAGCUCAUGAUCUGCGAUGUGCAGCUCGGUCACUGAAAGGGUUCGAGCUUGGGCAGGAUUGUUGUGGACGAGAUUAGUGGUGCCUGAGCGAUGUCCUGAUGAGGCCUGGUGAUGUUGCUCCUUCCUAGACAUGUUUGUGAUAUCCUACUCCUACACUUUUAUAGAGCACUGAUCAAUGCACCACCUACCAACUUUAGGC